AUGUCUCCUCAUGCCCACUCCCGGGCAUCCACAGGAGCCCACGUCUCCUCAAGCCCACUCCCUGAGCUUUUACCACAGCAAAGGGAACGAGAUCUGCAGGAAGGUCCCUUAAACUGCUGUCAAAAUAGAGACAUUUUCCUUAAUGUUUCUGAGAGUAUUUCUGGGCAUGGAGAGCCCAAAAUGGGGGAAACGAGGAAAACAAUGACAGCACCUGCCCACGCCACGGGACCUUCGCAGUCACCGCCAGAUGCCCGGCCGCCCCCCUUUCCCCGCCCCUGCGCCCCUGCCGUGGGCGUGCUCGCUGGCCACGUCCCCCGCGCCCUGCCGCCCCUGCCCCUCGGAGGCGGCCUGGGCGUGGGGCACGACUCACUCGGCGCCCGCCCCCCUUCCUGGCUUGCUGCGGCGCCCCCGCCCACGCCCUCGGCCGCCCAGCUGACCGCCCACCCCAGGGCUCGAAGCAGACACUCGCGGCGGCGGCGGCGGCGACCUGUCAAACUCGGCCUCCUCGCCGCCGCCGCCGCCGCCUGGUGCCGCCUGGUGCCGCCCCUGCCGCCCUGCCGCCCACCCCUUCGGCCCUUUCGUCGGGGCCUGGGCCGCCCGCGGCCCCCCCCCCCGCUCCCCGCACUCCACCUCACCAGCAGCCCGCACUCCAGCAGCCUCCGCAGAGCAGGGGAGAGACGUCCGCCUACCGCCUACCAGCCCGCCCGAGCGCCAUUUGCAGCAGAGCCGGCGCCGAGAGACCAUCCUGGCGGGCGGCGGGCGCAA